GAAGAAGAACGGAGGAGAAACAAAUCCAAGGUCGGUCUCAGCGAUGCCCCGGUGAAGUUUCUCUCCCCAUCCCAUCGUUCUCAAAACACUACCCAAAAAAACGUGCAAGAGAGAAGCCACGGCAAAAGAAAGCGAACGCCGAAAGAAUCUCACCGCUUUCUUCUCGCCCUCCCUCUCCUCCGAUUCCUCCCCUGCACCGCGAGAUCUCUUUGGGCGCUGCUCCAUAUGUUUCCGAGAAAGAGACCGGCGGGAGGUGAGGUAGAAGAGGGGGUCCCGCGCGAGGCGGUGGUGCCGAAGAAGCUGAAGGUGGAGUGCUCGAAGUCGGAGGUGGCGGCGGACGGCAACCACAGGCCACCACAUGGCAUGGCCUGCGACAGCAAUGGCAGGAAUGGUGCGGACAUCGACGAGGACCUGCACAGCCGGCAGCUUGCUGUCUACGGGAGGGAGACGAUGCGCCGGCUCUUCGCGUCCAGUGUUCUCAUCUCAGGGCUCAAUGGGCUCGGGGCGGAGAUAGCGAAGAACCUUGCACUUGCUGGUGUCAAGUCUAUCACAUUACAUGAUGAGGGCAUCGUGGGAUUGUGGGACUUAUCCAGCAAUUUCUUUUUCUAUGAAGAGGAUAUUGGCAAGAACAGAGCUGUGGCUUGUAUAAAGAAGCUGCGAGAGCUUAACAAUGCAGUUAUGAUUUCUACCUUAACAGGAGAACUGACCAAGGAGCAUCUCUCUGACUUUCAGGCUGUAGUUUUUACUGAUAUAAGUUUGGACAAAGCGAUGGAGUUUGAUGAUUAUUGCCACAGUCAACAUCCUCCAAUUUCCUUUAUAAAAUCUGAAGUUCGAGGCCUUUUUGGCAGUGUGUUCUGUGACUUUGGCCCAGAGUUUACUGUUGUUGAUGUUGAUGGUGAGGAACCACAUACAGGUAUCGUUGCGUCUAUUAGCAACGGCAAUCCUGCCCUUGUAUUUGGCGUUGAUGAUGAGCGGUUAGAGUUCCAGGAUGGAGAUCUUGUUGUUUUCUCAGAAGUUCAGGGAAUGACAGAACUAAACGAUGGAAAGCCACGUAAAAUUAAAAAUGCAAGGGCACAAUCACUUAUUCUUGAAGAAGAUACAAGUCAUUUUGGUGCAUAUGAGAAAGGUGGAAUAGUUACACAGGUAAAGCAACCUAAGGUCCUGCAAUUCAAACCUUUAAGGGAUGCCCUCAGUGAUCCUGGGGAGUUUCUUCUGAGUGAUUUUUCAAAAUUUGACCGCCCACCUCUGCUACAUUUGGCUUUUCAAGCCUUAGAUAAAUUUAAGCAUGAAUUGGGAUGUUUUCCUGUUGCUGGAUCGGAGGAGGAUGUUCAGAGGCUGAUGGCUUUUGCUAUCAGUAUAAAUGAAAGCUUGGGAGCUGGCAAGCUGGAAGAAAUAAAUCAGAAACUUCUACGCCAUUUUGCAAAUGGUUCUAGGGCAGUUUUGAAUCCUAUGGCUGCAAUAUUUGGUGGUAUAGUUGGCCAGGAGGUCGUGAAAGCAUGCACUGGAAAGUUUCAUCCACUUUUCCAGUUCUUUUACUUUGAUUCAGUAGAGUCUCUUCCUGUUGAACCAUUGGAGCCUGAUGAUGUGAAGCCAUUGAACUGCCGCUAUGAUGCUCAAAUUUCUGUGUUUGGAUCUAAGCUUCAAAAGAAACUGGAAGAGGCUAAAGUGUUUCUUGUAGGUUCUGGUGCUCUUGGAUGUGAAUUCUUGAAGAACCUAGCCUUAAUGGGAGUUUCUUGCAGCCAAAAAGGGAAGUUGACAAUAACAGAUGAUGAUGUGAUUGAGAAGAGUAAUCUCAGCCGUCAGUUUCUCUUCCAUGACUGGAAUAUUGGGCAGCCUAAAUCCACCAUAGCUGCUUCUGUUGCCAGUUCAAUCAACCCUAGCCUCCAUAUAGAAGCACUUCAAAACCGAGCUUGCCCAGAGACAGAGAAUAUCUUUGAUGAUGCAUUGUGGGAGAGCUUGAAUAUUGUUAUUAAUGCAUUAGACAAUGUGACUGCCAGGUUGUACAUUGAUGGGAGAUGCUUGUAUUUCCAGAAGCCACUAUUGGAAUCUGGAACUCUGGGUGCCAAGUGCAACACACAGAUGGUCAUACCUCACCUGACUGAGAAUUAUGGGGCCUCCAGAGACCCUCCUGAGAAGCAGGCACCCAUGUGCACGGUUCACUCUUUUCCUCAUAAUAUUGAUCACUGUCUGACGUGGGCCCGUUCUGAAUUUGAGGGCUUGCUUGAGAAAACUCCCAAUGAAGUGAACACUUUCCUUUCCAACCCAAGUGAAUAUACUUCUGCAUUGAAAAAUGCAGGGGAUGCACAGGCUAGGGAUCUACUUGAACGUGUUUUAGAGUGCCUUGACAAGGAGUGGUGUGAGAAUUUCAAAGAUUGCAUCACAUGGGCACGAUUGAAGUUUGAAGAUUACUUUGUCAAUCGUGUGAAGCAGUUAACUUUUACUUUCCCCGAGGAUUCUGCCACCAGCACUGGUGCACCAUUUUGGUCUGCUCCUAAACGCUUCCCGCAUCCAUUGCAAUUCUCAACUAGCGACCCGGGCCACCUUAAUUUUGUCAUUGGUGCUUCUGUAUUGAGAGCACAGACAUUUGGGAUAUCCAUACCUGAUUGGAUCAGGUGCCCAUUGGAGUUGGCUGAUGCAAUUAAUAAGGUGUCAGUACCCGAUUUUCAGUCCAAGAAAGGAGUAAAGAUUGUAACAGAUGAGAAAGCAACAAGCUUAUCUGCUGCUUCUAUUGAUGAUGCUGUUGUCAUCAGUGAACUUAUUACCAAGCUGGAGGGAUGUGCCAGGAAGCUGCCUGCAGGCUUCCGAAUGAACCCAAUACAGUUUGAGAAGGAUGAUGACACAAAUUAUCACAUGGACUUGAUAACUGGGCUUGCCAACAUGCGUGCGAGAAACUAUGGCAUUGGAGAAGUCGAUAAGUUGAAUGCUAAAAUAAAAGCUGGCAGGAUCAUCCCUGCCAUCGCAACUUCCACAGCAAUGGCCACUGGUGUUGUUUGCCUCGAGCUUUACAAAGUUCUUGAUGGUGGGCACAAGCUUGAAGAUUACCGCAACACAUUUGCUAACCUUGCUCUUCCACUGUUGUCCAUGGCCGAACCAGUUGCACCCAAGUUAAACAAACACCAGGACAUGAGCUGGACAAUCUGGGACCGUUGGAUCAUAAAAGGGGAUCUUACACUGAGGGAGCUCUUGCAGUGGCUGAAGAACAAAGGCAUCAAUGCAUACAGCAUCUCGUAUGGUUCCUCUUUACUCUACAAUAGCAUGCUCCCCAGGCACAGGGAUAGGAUGGACAAGAAGGUUGUGGAUGUAGCAAGGGAUGUAGCAAGGGCUGAAGUACCCCCUUACAGGCGGCAUCUGGAUAUUGUGGCAGCUUGCGAGAAUGAUGAGGGUGCAGAUGUUGAUAUUCCAUUAAUUUCAAUAUAUUUCCGGUAGUUAGGUUUGGGAGUUAAUGAUGCCAGAUAAUUUAAAAUUCUAUUUUCAAAUUGAAUUUAGUCCAUAUCCUUGUAGAAAUUGGAUAACUUCUGAUCCCUUUAUAUUGCUAAACAGAACUUGAUGGUUAUUUAAUCUGUUGUAUUCUCACUUUAUGUUCACUUACAUGUCAAUGUCAUGCCUCAGAGACACUCAUGAGAUGUUUUUUUUGCU